GUCAGACGCUCAACCGACUGAGCCAUCUAGGUGCCCCUACUCUGUUCUGUCUUUAAGUCUCUCGGGAAGACUUGCUAUUCUUCUUUAUACGUGACAGCACGUGGCUGUCCUUACAUCUCCUAGUCAUUCUAUUACCCGUCUUGUCUUUAUUCUGAAUCACCGAGUGAAAAGCCUUUGUCCCCGAAUGUGAAGAAAGCAAUUUCCAAGAGCACUUUUUCUCAGCCCUCUCAGCAGGCAGUUAGAGUCUGUCCCUAACACACAAAGAAAGGAAGAGGAAAAGGAGAGAGGAGCAGAGGAUGGGGUGGUAGAGAAAAAAAAGGCACAGUGGGGGUGGAGGAGAGAGAAGUAGGCCGACCCCUGCCUGCUACAAAAACCCAUGCUGUGGUUUUCAAAGACCAUAUAUACCAGCCGUGAAGGUGUGAGCAGUGACGGAAGUGGGAGACGCCCGAGGAGCAAGUCAGGGGCUGAGGCUCCAUCAAAGUGCCGUCACCAGAGCCCCCAGCCUACGAGCAAGAAAGAAGGACGUCAGUCCGGAGCCAGCUGGACCCUCAUGCCCAAGUCUUCCUCCACCUGACUUAUGCCAACUUAAGCUAGUGCCUGGAACAGGGAGAUGGUCUUGGAGCCCGGAAGGCCUUGUCUAGGAAUCCCCAUGUGCUUUCAGGAAAUCGAGGCCAAGGACUUCACUGGAGCCAACGUUUGCUUUGAGUUUCUGCAGCUGCUGACAACGUGCCGGACCCUGAUGGCACCUGGCAGAGGCUGCUUGGUCCUGGCCAUUCUGCUGGCAAUGGUGGACAUCCGACUUGGUGGGUGCUUGCACAUCCUCAGCUCAUUUUCCCAGGAUGGAAAGCAAUUAAGCUUGAUCUGUACUUUGCGGCAUACAAAAGAAGAGGCUGAGGGUGCUAUAGUGUUUUUGUGCAAGGACAGGUCUUCGGGCUGUUUCCCUGAGACCAGCCUGCGGCAACUGAGACUUCGACGGGAUCCCAGGGAAGAUGGCAUCAGCGAAAGAUCAUCUCAGUUGGUGUUCACCAUAAACCAUGCCACACCAUCGGACAGCGGGACCUACCAGUGUUGUGCCACAAGCCAGAGGCCAGAUAUGCGCCUUCAGGGCCACUUUUUCUCUGUUUUAGUCACAGAGGCAGGGAACUACACAGUCAAAGGAUUGAAGCAAAGAAGACACCUCGAGUUCACUCACAGUCAAGGCACUCCCAGUUCAGGCUUCCUGCAAAAGGUCUGGGUGAUGCUGGCCACUAGCCUGCUGGCCCUUCAAGCUUUGUAAGCCUGUGCCAGAAACUUAACAAAAAAAAAGUUACAGCAAGAUUAGCCUGACUCUGUAGCUUGCUGCCUUUCACAUUGCCAUGUACAGAGAAGAAGACAGCACAGGGAAAGAGAUGCUAAAUACGCCAAGAAUCUGGGGAAUAGAAGGUGGGGCAAAUGAGCAUAUUCCUUGACCUGCUCUCCUCACCACCAGAUCAAAGCUUUCUUCCCACCCUGUCACCAGUUAAAAGAACAGCUGUUACAAAAGUGGAUGGUGUACAGUUCUCACUCAAAUAUUGGAUAAGUAUGUGUGGUUUUGUGCCCAAGAAAAACGUUUUCCUUCCCCCUCCUCCAACACAGUAAACAAGGAAGCCAAACAAAAUGAGAACACCAACUUUUUUGGAAGAGAUUUUUAUUUGACACUAGAAAGAAGAGAGAAGAAACAGGCAAAGAUAGGUAGGAGAAGAAAGCCAGAGCCAGUGACUGACUCAGCACGAAACCAAGGAAAUGAAGAGACCCUGGCACUGGGCAGAACCCCCCCCCCCCCCCCCCCCACCCAGCGCAGCUGAAGGAAGAAACAGCUGUGUGCCAAGCCGCAACACGGAGCAUAAGUGCCCAGCUUCAACCAUGUUUUUGUCCAUCUCUUUGGUCACAUCUCUUUCCUUUUAAAUAAAUGCCCAAAGCAAUA